UGAUAGUUAUUAAGACAGUUUCCUUUUUAUUACAUCAACCAUAAGUAACAUUGCUCACGUUUACAAAACACAUAUUUAUUAUUUACCUAUUACACUGUAUGGCUUCUGAUUUAUACAAACAUAUCACAUCAUUGUAAAAUGCGGUCCUAACAACGGCUAAUAAAAAGGACUGUUUGAUAGCGGACAUUAACAGGACGAAGGUCAGAUAAAAACAGGCAGAUCAAGGAGCAUGGAAAUCUACUGGAUUGCCAAACCUUUUGAGGGGAUUGUAAGAAGCCUGUGGAUAUAAAUCCCGAGCCAAGAGAGGGGCGGACUGAUAUGGAAGAGAUCGAUGAAAUUUAUGUCAAGCGGAGGGAUCUUCCAGUUUGGGGCAAACAGAAAAAAGUUCCAUUUCCGUAUGCACCUGAGGAUCUCAAAGCGCACCAUCAUCACCACCAUCAUUCUGAUUAUGACAAACAGUUGUUGAAGAGGUUCCUGAACCUACCAGUUGAAGAGCCAAAGAAACAAGACGAGGAGGAGGAGGAAGAUGACAUAACUGAAUUCACAGAAGACAUUGAAAUUGAACAAGAACCAGAGCGUAUAAACAGGACUGAACCACUGGAACAAAGUGAUAAAUAUGGAAAGACUCGACCAAGGUCGAAGCCGGAUGGUUCAGACAUGGGUAAAGCUUUAUCCAGGUACGAUCCGUAUGGUAGAUCCCAGGGUGAACCACAGCCCCCUACAAUGUCUGAACUAGACUUCUAUUUGAAAGAAUUACAAAGUGAGGAGAAAAAACAGAACUGUAUCAAACUCCCAGUUAUUAAUAAAAGGAUCGAAUGGAAGACAUUUACCUUCAGCGUGACGUGUGUAUUUGUUUUAUUAAUGUGUAUAUUAGGCUUCUCUGCAUAUAUGGGUGUGAAGGAGUUGCAGUUAAAAAAGCUCGAAACAGCUCUGUUCAAAGCGGUCUACAAACCCGAGGAAGAUGCCAACAAAGCAAAAUGGUUACCUCCUAAAAGGCCAAAGCCUGAAUUGAAAAGCACUGCACCACCCACAACCAAGGCGUAUGAAUGGUUGGAACCUGGUGAAAUAUCAAAGAAGAAAAAAGAAAAGAAAGGAGGUGUACAUGCUUUUGGUGAUUUCACAGAGAUUGUUCUACGAGUGAAGAACUGGAGGUUCAACCCAGCACUCGCAGACAGAACAUCUAGAGGAUUCACUGGACUAUCGGUCAACUUUUGUAAAAAGAUCAACACCAUCUACACAGGUGCUGGGAUAGGCGACCUCGUUGAGGAUUGCUGGGUCAUACUAUUUUCAGAGGGGAGCAUAGUUGUAACAUUCGGCAUUCAGUUCACUAAACAAAUUCACUUUUCCCAGUUGAUGACUCCUUUACGAGAAUCGGCGUUGAAGGAAGGCGGCGUCCUUUACGACCUAAAGGUUUCACCAAAGGAAAUCACAGUGCUGAGUCUCUUUGACUCUGUGGAUACAACCACUACAUCAACCACAACCACAACAUCAACAACCACUACAGUAUCAACUCCAACUGAGGAUGGCGAUGCAGAGGAAGGUGAAAGUGAAGAACAUGAAGACAUUGAUCCAAACAAAGAGAGAAUACCAGCUAAAGUCGAGGAGAAAGAAGAAGAAAAAAAGAAAAAAGAAGAGACAACUUCCAGUCAAGACAGAUAUGUGCCUAAAAUGGGCAAAGGUGUGCGAGAAGGGGCAUUGAAGGAUGCGAGCGUGUCAGCUGAGGUCAAGGACCCCACGCCGUCUAUCGAUGAUUACUUCUGCUAUGAUCUGUCUGAUGGCAUUUAUGCAGACCCCAGCAACUGUUCCAGUUUUGUGUUGUGUGCUAACCAGAAGACCUCGUUGAUGUCGUGUGGAAAGGGAUCUCUAUUCUUUAAUGUUAAAAGCGGAAGUUGUGACAGUCCGGUGUGUAAGCCAGAGAGCGACAUGUAUACUUCGAUUUACAAGGAGUGCAUGAAGACUUUAGAUACUGUUAUACCAUACAAGGGGGACUGUGAUCUCUAUGUACAAUGUUUCAACCGGAAGGCCAUACUUCUGGGCUGCCCCGAGGGACAGAAGUGGGACCACACAGAAAAGAAGUGUAAAUGGGCCGCAUUCGCCUUCUGUGGGAAAGAUGGCGAGAAAAAACUUGAUCCUGGCUCGUGUAAGGGGCGAGAUGAUGGUUUCUACCCCCACCAAGAAGACUGCAAACAAUAUUUUCAAUGCGCAGCUUCUAAACGAUACAACUGGACUUGCGAGGACGCGGAAGAUGGAGGAGAUAUGGUGUUUGACCCACGUACAGGGAAUUGUAAUCUGAGGAAAAAGGUUGAACCAUGCUACGAGGACAAAGAUAAACCAAGUUUCUGUGAAAUUCAAAAAGAUGGAUUCUACGAGCAUCGGAAGUGUGUGAAGAUGAUCCGCUGCUACAAGAACGAACGCUUCGAUGUAGACUGUCCAGAGAAACUUGUAUACAAUCCGCUUACCAAAAAGUGUGACACCAUGGACAAUUAUGAGUGUAUCGGGGAUACACCAGGUAGACAUUUGAACCCCUGCGCUGGACAGAAGGACGGAUAUUACGAACACCACGCCAAGUGCGAUAAGUUCAUACGCUGUCGGUCGGGUGUAGCGAGUACCCUGACUUGUGUGUUUCCUUUUAUAUUCGAUCCCAACAAAAAACGAUGUGGGUCUAAAGACGACUACGACUGUCCCAAUGAUCCAAAUGCUUUCAAUGCUGACGCGUAUUGCAACGGUCUUCCAAAUGGACUUUACAAACAUCCCCUUGACUGUAAUAAGUUCGUGAGAUGUAACCGUGAGUCAACUAACAGGGCUCUGUUCUGCCCUUCACACGAGUUCCAUUUUAAUGCUGAUAUCGCUAGAUGUGUUGCCAAGGAUUCCUUCGAAUGUAACCUCGACGAAGAGGAAGACCAAAAUCCAGUGCAAAAGUUCUGCGAAGACAAGGGCAAUGGUCUCUACGUUCACCCAGAGAGCUGCCAUAGAAUAAUUCGAUGUACUCAUGGAAACGCCAACGUCAUGUUUUGUCCGACCCACAAACUUGUCUAUGACCCCGCUAGAAGACGUUGUGUACCAAAAAAUUCAUAUAAUUGCACUAUUGAUUCAACAAAGGACCAAACAGAAGAAGAGUAUACACUAGCGCGUGGCUAGAUUACUUAUCAAAUAAAGCAAGACAUUUGAAAAAUAUAACAGGCUAUGACUUGCACACGUAAACUAUAAAAUUGACAGCAAUAAUAUUAAUAUCAAACAAUUGAUCUGCUCUGUACGAUCGGAUUUAUCACAGCAACAGUACCUGAUAGCUUUUUAAAUUCAGUGAAGUAACUCUGAAAAGGUCGAACAAAUAAAGUGCCUCGUUUUCAUUUUGACCUAUGACCAAUAUUCGUGUUUUGUAUGUUAUCACAAUUAGAUUCAUCUUUAAUCGGUGUACUGUAUUCUUGUUGAGGGACUACGAUGCCCAUGUCAAGCUGCGCGCCUACUAGGCACGCAGUUUGAAACUCUGACAAACUGCGCGCAUAUUUCAAAAUUUAAGACGGGGAGAACACGACUCCCAAAAAGAGCCAGAAUACGACAAAUACAAGGUUAGUCUCGUUCUAAAGAUAGUACCAUUCUGUGAAGAUGAACUUAAUUUACUCAUAGUAC